AUGCAUUCUACUGUAAGAACGAGGCAAAUAAUAAAAUAUCUUCCGCCCAGAAUUGGGCAUCAUAUAAGUCGUUGCAUAACUAAUAAAAUUGAAGAUGUGAGCACCCACACAGGACAAAAAUGGGAUUCUGAUGAUUAUCGUCUUGCAAGAUUUGCUCUCGCCCCUAAGCAAGUAAAUCAAAAUUGGGCUGUUAAUUUAAUUGCAGAAAUACCUCCCAAAGAAGUAACAGAGAGAGUAGUAUGGUGUGAUGGUGGAAGUGGUCCGGAAGGCCACCCAAGGGUUUAUAUUAAUGUGGAUAAACCAGGAAACCAUGCAUGUGGCUACUGUGGAUUAAGAUUUGUUAAAAAAGAUCACCAU